CUUUUGUAUUUGUUCAUGUUGGCUGGUCUAACUCUGUGUGAACAUCACAGCGUUUGGGGCUGUGACCUACUGAGCCAGAGGAAAUCAGUCCUUUGUUUGAAUAGGUCUAUCACUCCUUCAGCUGUUGAGUGGAACGGGACAACCUUAAAGCUUUUUUGUAAAUCCUUCCGUUUGUUUCUAAAACCCUCCCACAGACACAUCUACAAGCUAAAAACACAUUCAGGACCAAUCCAAAACCCAAGUUAUCUUUCCCUGGAUCCCUCUUCCUACUCUCACCCUGGCUCCCGAGUCCUCAGUGCUGAUAGGGUGGAGCAGAUGACCAAGACCUACAAUGACAUUGAGGUUGUCACACAUCUAUUGGCUGAGCGGGACCGGGACUUGGAGCUGGCCGCUCGGAUUGGUCAGUCUCUGCUUCAGAGGAACCACCUGCUCCAGGAACGCAAUGAGUCUGUGGAGGAACAGCUAGCACAGGCCCUGGACCAGGUGCACCAGCUACAACAUGAGCUGGGGAAAAAGGAUGAGUUGCUGCGGAUGGUGGCCAGCGCUUCAGAGGAGAGUGAGACUGAUUCCAGCUGCUCAACACCGCUGCACCCCCGCCAACCCCUAGCGCCAGCUGUGGCCCUCAGCCAGCUGGAGGCCCUGCAGGGGAAAAUGUCUGAUCUGGAAGAGGAGAACCUGGCCCUACGCUCUGAGGCCCGUCAUCUGAAGACUGAGACCUUCACCUACGAGGAGAAAGAACAACAGCUGGUCAGCGACUGUGUCAAGGAGCUACGCGAGUCCAACAGUCAGAUGGUGAACCUGACAGAGGAGCUGUCCCAUAAGAAUGAAGAGGUGGUGAGACACCAGGAGGAGAUUUCCCAGCUCCUCUCCCAGAUAGUAGAGCUCCAACACCGCGUCAAAGAGCUGGCCCUGGAGAAAGAGGAGCUGAGGAUUCACUUACAGGCCUCGAAAGAUGCCCAGAGAUCACUCACUGCAGAGGACUCCCUGGCAGCAGAGAUUGAGGGCACCAUGAGGAGAGAGCUGAGUGUCGAGGACGAGGUGGCUUUCCAGGACCAAAAAAUUUCCCAGAAGAGGGUGUUUCAGACUGUACGCGUGGUCAACGAGUCGGUAGAGCGAGCUGCGGCGAUGGCCACGCCCCCUAUCCCCGGCUCGGGAGGCAGCUGCCUGGUGAUGACAGCCCAGCCCUUCCUGUCCGRACAGGGGAUCGACCAAUCACACGGCAGCGCCAAWAGGGAGGAGGUCCCGCUCGGCAAGCCUGGCGCACCAGGAGGAAAUGACCUCGUGUCGGCGCUGCACCGCCUCUCCCUGCGGCGGCAGAAUUUCCUGUGCGAGCGGCAGUUCUUCCAGGCGGAACGCGACAAGAAGCUGGAGGCCCUGGCCGGGGGAGCGGAAUCGGAUGUGGAGGGGAGUGGCUACAGCUCACCAAUGAGCAGCGUCAUGUCAUCCUUCACCAACCUAUCAGAGUUCUCGGUCUCGUCCAGCUGUUUUAAGACCUUCCUGCCUGAGAAGCUGCAGAUCGUCAAGCCCAUGGAGGGCUCUCUGACUCUGCACCACUGGCAGCAGCUGGCCAAGCCCCACCUGGGCACAAUCCUGGACCCCCACCCAGGCGUGGUCACCAAGGGCUUUCGGCCCCUCGCCCAUGAUGCUCUCGCCGAUGCCGUCUACCGCCUCACCGACCUGGAGGAAGACGAAGAGGGAGGGUGUGUGAUGUUCGGAGGAAACAGAGGGAAGGAAGGGACAGACGCCUGGGAGAAGAGGGAGGAGGAAGAGGAGGAGGAAGGAGGGAUCACCUUCAAGGUGCAGUGCUCGUCGACACCGGAAGAGAACAGGGAGAGUAUUAGGGAGCGUUUGCCGUUGAACGGGCCACCGGUGUCUCCCGUUUUCCUACCAGUACCAGGCUCUCCACAGCUCCCUCUAAUCCCGAUCACCUGUGACCUCCCUAUGACCUAUAAUGCCCCCUGUGACAUCAUCAGGAGCCCGGCCCUCUUGGCUCCGCCCAUCACUGUAUCGUCCAUGGCUCCUGUCCAAUCKCAGAGCCUGACUGUCACCAGUCUUACUACUACUACAUCCUCGUCAGUUUAUAACCCYGGGAAAUGUCAGAGUUCAACAUCUUCCACCUACACCUUCACAACCUGCCGCAUCCUGCACCCCUCUGACAUCACCCAGGUCACCUCCAGUUCCCACUGUCAGUCUUCUGUCUCAGAGUACACUCCCAGCUCCAUGAGGACAGGCCCCAGCACCCCGGUGACCCCCUGCAGGCUGAGUUUGGGGUUGGACUCCUUCCCCCCUCGCCGUCCCCCCGCCCCCUGUGGCCUGGCCAAGCUGGUCCUGGAGAGGGGCAUCUCUGCUUCCCUCUCUACCGCCGACGCCCCCCCUCCCUCUCACCUUAAAGCCCCACUCCCCCAGCGUCUCCUCCCCAGCACGCCCCCCAACUCCCCGUCCCACUCGCCGACCCCCUCGCCUGUGCCUUUUGAGUCCCGCGCCUCGGCGCCAGCCACCUGUGACAACUUCCUGGCGUCGCGUCCGGCCGAGCUCUUCCUCCAGGACGUGUAUGGGCUGAAGUUUGGCCGCACCCAUCGGCCCAACCUCCCCAGCCCCGACCCCGCCUCACAUAGCUUCAGCCACGGKCCCAGAAUCAAAUCCAAAGCCAAACCCGACCCCAUCAAUGUAAACUUAGUCGAGAGGCUACGCCGGCUGGGAUUGGUCAAGGUACUCCAGGGGGCGGAGCCGUUGUCGGAGGGCCUGGGGUGUCAGGACUCGGCCACCUUCCUAGCCACAGGCGGAGGCAGCCUAUUGGACGGCCUGCGGCGGAACCAGAGCCUCCCAGCUAUGAUUGGAGUGGUGCAGGGAAGCCCCUCCCACCAUCCGGGCCAGGCCCCACCUCAACCACCCACCUCCCUCGCCAUCGCCCCGCCCCUUUGGGGCAACCUGAAGGGGCAGCGCUCUGUCCGCCCUAGGCCCGCCUCCACCUCCCACGCCCCACCCCCUUCACUCAAACGRUGAAGAAGUUAUGACACUACAGGGCGGCAGGGUUUGGAGGGGAGCCAAGCUGAACAGAACCAUUUGGGCCCACACCCUCUCUCCUCCCUCCUCUUUCCCCCCUCCAUCCCUCCCUGCCUUGCUCCUUCUCCGCAUCUCUUUUAGACUGAUAUUCGGCGAAGAAAAGGGCAACAAGUGGGAAAAAAAGUCCCUCUCCUUUUUUUUACAAAUUCUUUUUAAAAGCACAAUAUUGUUAAAAUUGUAAACCUGCAUUAAUGCCACGGUGUGCAUGCCAUUUUCAAAGCCUUAGCUUGCCUGCAAAGGGCWUUAUUAGCUGUUCCUAGCCUUGCCUGCCUUCCCCCUCCAGCCCUCUAGGGGCGCUGUAGGUAGACAUUCUCUCUGCUCUCUUCUGCUCUGCUCCUGCUACAGUAGUUAUUCAUCUGUGAGGCUCUGGAUGCUCAAAAGAUGGGAAGACCGAGGGAAUAAGUAAGUUGAUGAGGGCUUGAGAAUGU